ACUUCCGGUUGCUACAAGAACAUUGCAGCAUCCCAAGCAUGGCAGUUCAUUACUUAGACUCAUUUGGCAAAUUUUGUAGCACUUUUCUAUCUAGUUGCUUACAGUUGUGUUUAUUUACUUGGUCCCAUAUGAACAACCUUGAGUUUUAAUUCUUACUACCCUGUCGCAUGUUUUCUGUUCUCUGAAUUGUUCAAUGUUUAUCCAGCUUAACCCUUUAUUGAAAUGCUGAUUUAAGUUAACCGGUAACUUUUGAUCUAUGCAUUGGCAAUGAUGAAUGUUUGUCUAGAUGAUGUUCUUAAAUUGUGAGUUGGCCAAGCUAUGGAGAGGCUAAUGCCUAAGAUAUUGAGUCUUCCGUGGCGCCACGACUUUUAAAUUUAAAUUCAUUUACCCAUGAAAAAAGAAAAUUUAGUGUUUCUUAGAUGAGCAAAGUGUACAAAAUACUCGUAUCUCCGCCUAAACAUAAAUAUACAGAUGAAUCAAAAUUACAUCAUUUCAACUCGUGUAAUGUUGAUAAAACAGUGAGACUAUCCUAACAACGAAUAUCAAAAGUUAUCAAUGAAAGCCAAAAUUUCAAUUUCACCUAAAUUCCAGUUUCAAAGUUGCAUAUAAUAUUAAGAGAAAAUAAAAAAGUCAAAUUAAAUCUAAAUCAAAUGCUGAGAUAUAAAACAAGUCAACAAAGUUUUUUUUUUUUUUUAAACAAGUCAACAAAGUUGAGACUAACUUAUCUAUUAAAUCUUAUUAGAAGCAAAGAUGAAGACUUCAAAUCGUGGAGUACUGCUACUUAGGGAAUGUUACAAGUACUAAUUUCGAGAUAUUGAUCACACGAUAUAGUAAUUACAUAGAUGGUGGAUCACACGAUAUUAGAAGCAGGCCAUUGUUUUCUGAUCUCUCAACACCUCAAGGCUCUAUAGACACCACAAAAUUAUGACUUUACAUUAAAAAAGCAUGUUAUGUCUCCCCAUAAGUUUCCUAUAAAAAAUUCAACUAUAAGAAAAGCAAUAAAAUAUUGGUGAAACUCACCACCUGCCAGCCAAUCACCAGAGGUCUCAAUAAUGACCUGUUUGGUAAACAACUAUAAACCAAGAGCAUCAAUUUAGCUCAACCUCCCAAGAACAACCACGAUCCACAAACUAGCCUCCCCUUCCCUCCACACUGCUUAUUUAAGCACCCCAACAAAUCCAACCCUAACACAACCAACCCUAACACAAUGGCUACCAAGAAAUCACAAGAGGAGCAACGAGCAGGAGCGGAGAUCAUCCACGGUGCAGAGGAGUGCUACAACCACUCCCUAACACUCUUGCACGACCUCGGGUUCCCCCGGGGCGUGCUGCCCCUCAAGGACCUCGAGGAGUGUGGCCUAGUCCGUGAAACGGGGUAUGUGUGGAUGAAGCAGAAGGCGCCCUACGAGCAUUACUUCGUGGGGUCGAACACCCUCGUGAGGUAUGACCGAGAAGUGACUGCCUACAUAGAGAAGGGGAAGAUGAAGAAGAUGAGUGGAGUGAAGAGCAAGCAAUUUCUUCUCUGGGUGCCGAUUGUUGAGAUGAGCAUUGAGGAGGCUGCACCUCGUAACAUCUAUUUCAAGACUCCUAUGGGAAUCGGGAGAUCUUUUCCUAUCACAGCCUUCAUGGAUGAAGAUGAGAAGAGCAAGUACUUGGAGCAAGUCAAGGCUUAGAAGGCCACAAUUUUCACGAUUCAUAUAUCAUUAUCAUCGUGAUCAACUAUUUUCUUUACUUCUUACGAAGAUUUUAUGCUACUUUGUAUUGGACUUUUGCCUUACUUAUUAUUUCAAUUUCGAUUUUGUGUUUGUUAA